AUGAUUGAUCGAGAAAGACAGUCAAUAGAACUAGCUGCUAUGAGUUCCGGAGGAUUGCUUGACUCUGACGUGCGAGAGAAGCAAGAUCUGCCUAACUUUAGAGGAACCAAGAAGCCUUUGAGGCUCAUGACGAUUUGGGGCCUGUUUUUAAUCAUAGCGGUCGCUGCAGUGACGAAGUUUACAACUUUCAAGGGAGCAGACAGUCCACAAUGCCAAUCGAUUUAUAUGUAUCCUGCAUAUGCUUUGAUCGAUGGAUUCGAUGAACGUUACACAUCAUUGGCAAAGAAGUAUCAUCUGUAUUUGUACAGAGAACAAGGUCAAGAUAAGGUGCCUUUGAAUGAUAAUGGCGAUGAAAUCGUACUUAAUGGAAUCCCUGUUUUGUUCAUUCCAGGGAAUGCAGGAAGUUUUAAACAAGUCAGAUCAAUAGCAGCAGGAUGUAGUAAUAUAUACUUUAAUGACUUUGGUAGUUUAGAUAAUAAAGAUACUCAGAACCUGGAUUUCUUUGCUGCCGAUUUUAAUGAAGAUUUCACAGCUUUCCAUGGAAGAACAAUGAUGGACCAAGCGGAAUAUUUGAAUGAUGCCAUUCGUUAUAUAUUGUCACUUUACGAACAAACAGCAGAUAGUUCUUCUCCAAAACCAGAGUCCGUCAUUAUCGUUGGACAUUCGAUGGGUGGGAUGGUAGCAAGAAUCAUUCCAGGGUUGCAAAAUUAUGUAUACGGAUCAAUAAAUACAAUCAUAACAUUAUCAACACCGCAUGGUGCUGCUCCUGUUACUUUUGAUGGUGAUAUCUUAAAAAUUUAUCAGACUACAAAUGAGUACUGGAUCCAGCAAUAUAAAGAUGAGAAUUCCUUUUUCUCAAAGAAUAUGUCAUUAUUCUCUAUCACGGGAGGUAUACUAGAUGAUGUUUUACCUGCAGAUUACGUCUUUGUCAAAGAUUUUUUACCUGAAGAAAAUGGUUUCUCUACUUUCACUACAACCAUUCAAAAAGUAUGGACUCCAAUUGAUCAUCUAGCAGUCGUAUGGUGCAAUCAAUUGAGAAACGUAGUUGCCAAACUACUUUUAGAAAUUGUAGAUAAAAACAUACCUAAUAAAACGAAACCUUUGGAUUAUAGAGUUUCAAAAGCAAGAGAAUUGUUGUUAUCUGGGUUUGAAGAAAAUAGGCCAUUACUAAAUGCAAAUUCAAAAAGUAUAGAUAUCCCAUCUAAUAAAUAUGCUGAUUAUAAGACCAUACACCCAUCUAAUGAAGGUCUAGUUUUAACGGGCAACCAACUUAAUGAUUUCUCAAAAGGUAUGAUAAUCGACAUUGCUGAAAUGUCAAAUUCUGAUGAAUUUAGUUUCCUAACAAAUAUAGAUAAAGUGACUAUGUAUUUAUGUGAUGAAAAAUUCAAGACAUUUAACGAUAACAAGGUUGGAUUUAUGGAGUGUAAAGAUGUAACAUCUUAUAUUAAUUUGGCACCAAUGAAAGUUACAAACCCAAGUUCAGAUGAAAGUAUAAAGAGCUACAAGAUCGUUAAUAUUACAAAACAAAUGUCACUUGGUAAGAGUAAAUUGAUAAUGGAUUUCCCAAAUCACAAUAACAUCGCUAAUGAUAUAUUCAUUAAUUUCAAAAUUACCUCAAUAGAAAAUUCUAGACCUAUUAACAUAAACCAUACACCUUAUUAUUUAACAUUCUUUUCAAAUUCAGUGAAAAUAGACAAUCAAAAGUGGAUUUAUUACGAAAAUAUUUGGGAUUCUUUAAUUUCAUAUAAGCUUAAAACUAAAUUAUUGUCAGGAAAGAAAGAAGAGCUAGAAUUUCAGCCCUUCAUAAGACAAUGGAUUGGAAAUCGAUAUGAAACCAAGUGGCAUAACAACAUAUUAGAUUCUGAAGUUGAUAUUACUAUGCACAAUACAGCACCUUUUAUCCCAAUUUCCGACAAAAAAUAUGGGUUAAAUCUGAUGGUUUACGCUCCAGAGAAUGCAUCCAUCCAAGUAUCACUGAAGAUAAAUUGGUCAAUGACUUUAAAACAAUUGUUUAUUCGAUUUAGGUUGGUAAUUGGAACAUUCCCUGUAUUUAUUGUCAGUAGCGCUUUUGCCUACCAAUUAUACUUAUAUAAUAAAACUUCUGUUUUUAUUGAUUUCAAAGUAGCAUUAUCAUACUUAUUGGUAAAAUAUGGGGUGAUUGUUGUAGUCUCCAUGCUAUUAUUAUCACCUUUAAUUGACACGAAGUUAGGUCAAUAUUUUAUUUAUAGAUUGGACCCGAUAAGAAUAAAUACCCCAAUGGUGGAAGGUAUUAAGAACAUGACUGUUAAUAAUUAUUUAUUAGGGUUAAGAUCAGUUUACGUCUCCUGGAUUGGUCCUCUAUUCAUGAGUAUGUCAUUUGGAUUGGUUUCUUUUUUAGUUGAAGUGAUAUUAGGAAUUGAAACGAUUAUUAGGAAAAUAAAAGGACCUCCAAAUACUAACCCUCCAAAGUCUAAAGAUUUCAUUAACAAAGUAGUAUUUGAUAGGAGAAGGACAUUAGCUUCAUUGUCCUUAUUAGCUUUGAUUGUUUUAUACAUUCCUUAUCAGAUUGCAUUUUCCGUGGUGUUGGCGGUUCAGUUGGCUACAUCUUUCAAAAUUUGCCUAACUGUUCCAGAAUCUCAUCCUGGAUAUUUAAAUUUGAGAAAUUAUAAUUUCAGUGUUUUACUACUUUUCAUUUUUGUAUUUAUUAUCAAUGCACCUGUCAUGAUCGUGUUCCUUCACAACGUUGCAAUUAGAUGGGAAACGCCUUUCAGAUCUCAUCAUAAUGUUUUAGCAGUUGCGCCAAUAAUCUUUUUAACUAGUGCAAAUUCAACAUUAAACAUGCCUUCAUUUGGAUCCAAUAAAUUUUUACAUGGCGGUCUGCUUGUUGUUAUAAUGUCAUACCUAGGAUUUUUCAGUUUAAUAUAUGGUAUUAGAAACAUGUACUGGAUUCACCACAUUGUUAAUAUCUUCUGUGGUUGGUUGCUCCUAGGUUUUAUGAAAGGGGAUUAG